AUGCCUUCAGGCGUGGUGCUGGGCGACGACCUUGUGCCGCGUCUCAGCCUCACUACGGCGCGGGGCUCAGUCCAAGAUCUACGAGAGGCUCUGCUGCGGAUCAACGACCCGCAGGCCCAUGAGCUGCCUUUGGAGCGCUCCACAGCAGCGCUGCAAACCAUGGUGGCGCGAGGCAAUGAGGAUGACAUGGGCCGACUCGCAGCAGCCCAUACGCUGGUGGCCACGCUUUCUCGCCACGAGUCUCCCAGGCUCUUCCCUGCUGGUCGCCUGGUGGUGCUGAGAAAGGCGCUCACAGAGCAGGACCCGGUCUACGUGCCGCUGGAAGGUUCGCAGAGCGAUAUGGACGAGCUUUUGAUCUCCUCGGACAUGGCAUCCGCCCACAUGCCCGCAAGGUAUCUCAAGGCCUUGGACGAGGCCAUGAGCACGCCUGCUCCCAGCCUGGUGCGACUGAGCGGCCUGGGCUGA